AUGCACCAUCCACCGCAUCCCAGUGAGCACGACGGCGACGGCGACGGCGACGGAGACGGAGACGGAGACGGAGACGACGACGACGACGACGACGACGACAACGACGGGGACGACAACGGGGACGGUGACGAGGACGAGGACGAGGGCGAGGACGAGGACGAGAACGAGGACCAAAACGACGACGACGACGACGGCAAAGACCACGACCAAAACUUUAACGAAUACAUUGACAACGACCGAAACGACGACGACGACGACGACGACGACAAAAAAGACGUUGACGACGCCGACGACGACGACGACGACGACAACGCCGCUGGGAAAAAGCAGAAGGAGAAGGAGGAGGAGGUAUUGCGAGGGCAUCGGUAG